GUCUUUCAUCAAGCUAAUCGUGUCCGUUCAAUCUCUUGAGAUGGACCUACCAAUUCUCUGCUCUAACAACUGUGGAUUCUUCGGCAGUGAUGCAACAAAAAAUCUCUGCUCCAAGUGCUACAAAGAUUUCAUCCUCAAGCAAUCAACGGCCAUGUGUGUGGGACUACCAAUUCAGUUGGCCCACGGCAGCGGCAAUGAAGGAGGGACCACCAAUGCUAAUGAUGGUCCUGCCAAACAACUCCCGAAUCGGUGCGGGUUAUGCAGGAAGCGUGUCGGGCUCACGGGCUUCCAGUGCCGAUGCGGAGGCACGUUCUGCUCCGUACAUCGAUUCUGGGACAAGCACGACUGCUCGUUUGAUUUCAAGAAGAUGGGCCGGGAUGUGAUCGCAAGAGAGAAUCCAACCGUUAAAGCGGAUAAGUGCGAGAGGAUUUGAAUUUGGUUUUUGCACCCAAACAGUUAUACUGGAUUGAUUACUUUUGUUUUUUUCUUUUGCUUUUGAAGAUACUGAAUUUGGUUUUUGUA